GAAUUUUUCCCGCGUUGGAUUAAUCAGCGCUCUUGUUUGUUACUCCGACGUCCACCAGAGUGCUCUCCUGUCGGAGAAAAAAUGCAUCAAGUGCAUCGAUUGCAGCAUAGCAAGUGUUUGUUGGGCGCGUCAUUUAUUGAUCUAUUGUUUUGAAUUUUAAGAUAAUGUAAGAUAAUGUAAGAAAGAUCUAUAAACUAAAUCUAUAAGUUGAAGAAUUUACAAUUUAAAUUUUUACAAAGAUAUAUAUAUUUAUAAAAUAAAUAUGUUAGAAUUAAAAAGGUUUCUGUUCUUAGAAACUUUUUAGAUAAAGAAGAAGAAGAAGAAGUUAUUAUUGUGCAUUGUAUUUUAAGUUGAAAAUGUACAACAAUAAGUUUAUAUUGUUCAUAUUUACAUUACAUUAUGUGAUACAAUAUAUAAAUGCUCAAUACUGUUAUCCAAAUUAUUGUGAAAAUGAGUUUACUACGAAGUCAGUGCCUGCUUCUGAAUGUCACUUUUUACCAUUACCACAGAGUUGUUAUAAAUAUUGGUUCGAUGGGUUUGAUAUAGUACCUUCUGGAGAAAAUCCAACUCUAUUCAAAUUGUCUGCAAAUGUCUAUCGUAUGGAAGAAUUUCAGAGAAAUACAACGACAAUUAAUUUAUUAGUUACCGACAUAGAUUAUCUUAGGUUAACUAUACGCUAUCAAAGUUUGUUAGAUGAAAAUAAUUAUAAGUGUAUGCAUGUUUCAUCUUAUGGAAACAAGACUGAUUUAGAAAGUAACAACAAAUUUUCUUUAUCGUGCUCUUUUUUAAGUCAAUCUUAUGAAGGUAGUCCUUAUCGAUUGCAGUAUUUUGUGGCAAGAGAAACAUGGCAGUACAGUAAAAAGCUUGUUUUUAUAAUUCCCCAUCAUGAGUCUAUUGACGAACAAUAUAAUAACGUUACUACAUACUUACCAUUCAUUUACGUAGACGUUACUGAUGCAUUUUUAUUCACGUUAUACAUACAACCAGUUCCUGCAAUAUACAACGUAACUGGAUAUAGAAUUUGGUUAAUAAAUAAUGAUACUGAUAUAACAAAUGAGAUAAAUGUUAUUCAGUCACAAAAUGAAGAAUAUAUAAAUUAUGAUUUUUCCAUGUAUGAUGGAAUUUAUUAUUUCAAAGUUGCUGCCAUGCAUCCUGAUUGCAGUAUAUAUGGAUGUGUUAAUGCAACCUCACCAUUCAUAAGUAUAAAAGAUGCAUCGAAACGUUUAAUCAUUAUGAUAAUUAGCGUAAUAUGGAUACCACCUGCGUUAUUAUAUGCUCUUUGUCACUUAUAUAAGUUAUGUAAAAAAAAUGCAAAGAAGAGAAGAAGAAAACCAAAUUGUUUGAUAGUUUAUUCGCCAACGUGCGAAUCACAUGUUACGGUAAUGACAGAAUUAACUAAAUAUUUAAGAUGCUGUAAUAUUAAUGCUGUGAUAGAUAUGUUAGAUAUCUCGGAAACCGCAUCAAAGGACGUUGAACUUUGGUGUAAAACCGCAUUUAAUUCUGCUGACAUUAUUCUAUUUGUGACAUCACCUCCAUUUAAUAAACAUAUAUCAAUGAAGUAUGAGAAUGUAGGCAGUUAUAUAUUAAAAUUGAUUAGAGAAGAUUUUAAACAAAGAAACAAAAGAUAUUACAUUUUACAAUUGCCAUAUUGUAAGCCAACAGAUUUACCUAAAGAGGCGCAAUGUUUUCAACAUUUUCAACGUUUUCAUAUGCCCGAAGAAUUAGCAAAAUUAGUAAAAACGGUUCAUCGAUAUAACUGUGUUACAUUUUUUGGUUUAUCCAAUAAAGAUAAACUAUUGGAAAGUAUAAAAUUAGCUCAAAUGGAAAUGUUAAACGAUGGCACUACUACUAACAACGAUCACAAAAGUGCUGAUGAAACUGACGAUCUUUUACCAUCCGUAGUAUCAUCAAAUAAUAUUAAAAAUGAAGAUUUGAAUAACGAGGACAACAAUUCUACGUCUAUGAAUGAUUUAAAGGAUGAACAUAAUUUGUUGAAACCAAAAAUAAUCGAAAUUGAAGAUGAAGUAACUGUUACCGUCCAUUUGAAUCCAGAUGAGAAGUAAUAAUAUAAAUGUGCAAUUUAGUAUUGGAAAAGAAAAAACAAAAGCAAAAAAAAAAAACAGAAGAAAAAACAUAUGAAAUAAAACAAUGAAUGUGUUUUGUAUCUCGUAUUACUCUCAAGACUGUUUUUAACAACGAUACACCUUUUUUUAAUUUAUCACAUUUUUGUACUCGGUAUUUAUAACGACGAACAUAUUUAAUAAAUGUUUACGAUAAUCAG